GGCCCUUGCUCACACUCUGGGUUUGAUAAUAAUAGAGCCCUGUGCUUGGACGAGGUUGUCAAGGACACUACAGAUAAGCAGGCGGGUUCCAAAUGUAAUUUUAUGUUAAAUAGCUUUUCUGUAGCUCAGAAGUGGGAAAAAGCGAAACAGGAAUGGUUCUUAAGGCCUUUGUUGUUUUGAGACAGGGCCUCACUAUGUAGUCUGGGCCGGACUAGAACUCAGAUGGCCCUGGAACUGAGUUGAUCCUCCAGCCUCUGCCUCACAACGGCUUUGAUGACAACUGCCUUCCCCUAAGCCCAGAAGUUCUCAGGCAUUGAUCCACGGUGCUCACGUCAUGCCGAGCCUUCCUCCUGUCAGCGCGCAUCCCCACCAAGCUCGAGUUAACCUUCAGCUAUCUGGAGAUUCACGGAGUCAUCUGCCACAAGCCAACUCAAAUGGUUGUGGAAACUGAGAAGUGUAGCAUGUCCAUGAAGAUGGAGUCACCGGAGGACGUGAGUGAUGUGCUGGCUCACAUAGGCACCUGCUUGCGGAAGCUGUUCCCUGGCCUCUCCCCACUGAGAAUCCUGAAGAAAGUCUCCAUGGAGCCAUCUGAGCGCCUGGCCAGUCUCCAGGCCCUGUGGGACAGCCAGACCUUGGCUGAGCCAGGCCCCUGUGGUGGGUUUUCACAGAUGUAUGCCUGUGUGUGCGACUGGCUGGGAUUUUCCUACAGGGAAGAAGUGCAGUGGGAUGUGGAUACAAUUUAUCUGACACAAGACACCAGGGAAUUGAAUUUGCAAGACUUCAGUCACCUUGAGCAUAGAGACCUGAUCCCCAUCAUUGCUGUCCUGGAAUAUAAUCAGUGGUUCACCAAACUGUCCUCCAAGGAUCUUAAGCUGUCCACAGAUGUCUGUGAACAGAUUUUGAGGGUGGUGAGUAGGUCCAAUCGACUGGAAGAAUUGGUGUUGGAAAAUGCUGGACUCAGAACAGAUUUUGCACAGAAAUUGGCCAGUGCUCUAGCACACAAUCCUAACUCAGGCCUUCACAUGAUCAACCUCGCCGGGAACCCGCUGGAGGACCGAGGUGUCUCCUCCUUAAGUGUUCAGUUUGCCAAACUCCCAAAGGGACUGAAGCAUUUAAACCUCUCGAGAACCUCAUUGUCACCUAAAGGGGUGAACAGCCUUUGUCAGUCCCUCAGUGCCAACCCUCUGACUGCCUCUACCCUCACCCACCUGGACCUCUCAGGGAAUGCUCUCCGUGGAGAUGACCUCUCGCACUUGUACAAUUUUUUGGCCCAGCCCAAUACCAUCGUUCACCUGGACUUAUCUAACACAGAAUGUUCUCUGGAAUUGGUGUGUAGCGCUCUUCUCCGGGGGUGCCUUCAGUGUCUAGCCGUGCUCAAUCUCUCCAGAUCCGUCUUCUCUCACAGGAAAGGAAAGGAAGUCCCCUUAUCUUUCAAGCAGUUUUUCAGCAGUUCUCUGGCUUUGAUGCAAAUCAAUCUUUCAGGCACGAAACUGUCUCCGGAGCCCUUGAAGGCACUGCUCUUGGGCCUGGCCUGCAAUCAUAGCUUGAAGGGGGUCUCUCUGGACCUCAGCAACUGUGAGCUGAGGUCUGGAGGAGCUCAAGUGCUAGAAGGCUGCAUCGCCGAAAUCCACAACAUCAUCAGCUUAGACAUCUCUGACAACGGGCUAGAAUCCGACCUCUCUACCCUGAUAGUGUGGCUCAGCAAAAACAGAUCCAUACAGCACCUGGCGCUAGGCAAAAACUUUAAUAAUAUGAAAUCCAAGAAUCUGACGCCUGUGUUGGACAACUUAGUGCAGAUGAUCCAGGAUGAAGAAUCUCCUCUGCAGUCCUUGUCCUUGGCUGACUCAAAACUCAAGACAGAGGUCACCAUCAUCAUCAAUGCCCUGGGCAGCAACACCUCCUUGACCAAAGUGGACAUCAGUGGCAAUGGCAUGGGGGAUAUGGGAGCCAAGAUGCUCGCCAAGGCUCUGCAGAUCAACACCAAGCUCAGGACAGUCAUCUGGGACAAAAACAACAUCACCGCACAAGGAUUUCAAGAUAUAGCCGUUGCUAUGGAAAAGAACUACACACUGAGAUUCAUGCCAAUUCCCAUGUACGAUGCUUCCCAAGCUCUUAAAACAAACCCUGAGAAGACAGAAGAAGCUCUGCAAAAGAUAGAAAAUUAUCUGCUCCGGAAUCACGAGACUAGAAAAUACCUUCAGGAGCAGGCCUACCGCCUCCAGCAGGGAAUUGUCACCAGCACCACCCAGCAGAUGAUUGACCGGGUAUGUGUGAAGGUUCAGGAUCACCUCAACUCCUUGCGGUCCUGUGGGGGCGAUGCUAUUCAGGAGGAUUUAAAGGCAGCAGAGCAGCUCAUGCGUGACGCUAAGAACUCUAAAACGUUGCUACCGAAUUUAUACCACGUGGGCGGAGCUUCCUGGACAGGGGCCAGUGGCCUGUCAUCCAGCCCCAUUCAGGAGACCCUGGAAUCAAUGGCCGGAGAAGUCACAAGAGUUGUCGAUGAACAACUGAAGGGUUUGCUUGAAUCCAUGGUGGAUGCCGCUGAGAACCUCUGCCCCAGUGUGAUGAAAAAAGCCCACAUCCGACAAGACCUGAUCCACGCCAGCACCGAAAAGAUUUCCAUCCCACGCACCUUUGUUAAAAAUGUCCUCUUGGAACAGUCUGGAAUUGACAUUCUUAACAAAAUUAGUGAGGUGAAGCUGACAGUGGCCUCAUUCUUGUCGGACCGCAUCGUGGAUGAAAUCCUGGAGGCGCUCUCCAGCAGCCAUCGGAAGCUGGCGGACCAUUACAGCAGGAGAGGCAAGAGCCUUCCCCAACGGGAGUCCCUAGAGGUGGAGCUGGCUGAGGAGAAGCCGGUGAAGCGUGCCACACUUAUGGUGGAGGAUCUCAACGAGGUGGAGAGGUUGGAAGACCUAGACACCUGUAUGAUGACUCCCAAGUCCAAGAGGAAGAGCAUCCACAGCCGAAUGCUGCGGCCUGUCUCCAGGGCGUUUGAAAUGGAAUUUGAUCUUGAUAAAGCCCUGGAAGAGGUGCCGAUCCACAUUGAAGACCCGCCUUUCCCAUCCAUCCGGCAGGAGAAGCGAAGCUCAGGCUUGAUCUCCGAGCUGCCCUCAGAGGAAGGCAGGAGACUGGAACACUUUACCAAGUUACGGCCCAAGCGGAACAAGAAGCAGCAGCCUACACAGGCAGCGAUCUGUACCGUCAACAUCGUCCCCCAUGAUGGAGAACAGAACGGCCUCAUGGGCAGAGUGGAUGAAGGUGUAGACGAAUUUUUCACCAAGAAGGUGACUAAAAUGGACAGCAAGAGGUCAUCCACACGCUGCUCAGAUACCCAUGAACUGAGCGAAGGAGAUGAGAAAAAGAAACGGGAUUCUCGGAGAAGUGGCUUUCUCAACCUAAUCAAAUCGCGGUCCAGAUCUGAGCGGCCACCCACGGUCCUGAUGCCGGAAGAGCUCUCCUCCCCAAAGGGGGCAAUCCGGAGUCCACCGGUAGACACGGCCAGGAAGGACAUAAAGGCAGCUGAGCAUAAUGGUGCUGCGGAGCGCACGGAGGAGACGAAGACACCGGAACCCCUGGAGGAGGGCCUGGCAGAGGAGGCAGGCAGGACCGAGCGCAGCGACAGCAGGGGUAGCCCACAGGCUGGCCGGCGCUACGUGCAAAUGAUGGGCAGCGGGCUGCUGGCUGAGAUGAAGGCCAAGCAGGAGCGGAGAGCUGCGAGCGCACAGAAGGUGAGGAGAGGGCCCUGCGUUGGCUUCUCUAGUUUUAUGGAAAAAGAGGUGCAGAAAAAUAGCUUGUUGGUUAAAUGAAAAUAUAAAUACUGGGUGCCCAAGAGAUGAGCCUGUGGUUAAGAGCACUGUGGCUCUUGUAAAGGACCCUGGUUCAGUUCCCAGAACCCGCACAGUGAUUUCUAAGCAUCAACCACUUCAUUUCCAGGGGACCAUGCACCCUCUUCCAAACUCUGAGCGCCAGACAUGCAUGAGGUGCACAUGCUUACACAUGCCAACAAAUCACCCGUGCACAUAAAAUAUAUUAUACAAAGAAAAUGUCUUAAACAUGUAAAACCUAAAGAUUUAUUCCCAAAGAAUUUAGAGCCCAGACCCAGAACGACUUGCUUGUCCUCACUGCCCCAGGCCAUGCCUUGAGUGUUUAAUCUGUUGAUUGUUUGGAGACAGGGUUUCACACACGAACACAGGCUCACCUCAAACUCACUUUGUGGCUCAGGUUGGUGUCAGAUUCACCGUGUAGCACUGGGUGCCGCAAGCCCUGGUGAUCCCCGUUUCAGUCCCCCUACCCCUUCCUGGGGUUACUGUCCAGCUCAGAGCUACACUCUUGAGAGGCACGUGAGAGACACUGUUUCUGAGAAAUAAGCUGUGCCCCACCUACCUGUCUUCCUGUGCUGUCAAUAGAAGCCUGCAAGAACUGGUCCCAAAUAAGACUGGCCUGGGUGAACCUGAGUGGAGAUGCUGAGGUUCGCUGGAGGUGGCAGAACCAACGGGCCAAGAACAGAUGGCAGGCAGAUAAUCUCAAAGGCCCACUCCGUGCCCCAUGUAGUUCCUAGCUUAACCUGUUCCCAGGCUUCAAAGUCCUUUGCAUCAUUCCAGAUUUAAAUGGCAAAACGAAAAGUCAGGGUGUCCUGUUAGGACUGUUAGAUUACCAAGUCCACUACUGCCGCUAUGAAGACAUCAGCGCUGGUUUAGAAGUUGCUAAGUCUCAGGGACAAGGCAGAGUGGCAGCUUAGUGGUAGAGUGUUUGCCUGGCAUGUCUAAGAAUCUGAGUUCAUUCCCCAGCACAGCAGAGGAUAAUUUUGAAAAGAGAAGAAAAAUAAUAUGUUGAGUCUCCUCAAAGUUCAAUUUAAACAUAGUUUACCUACCUUCCUCCCUCCAUUCCUGCAAGCUUUGUGUUCCUCAAGAUCAAGCCCCACAGGGUCUUACACAAGUUACAUAAUCAGCCUCCACCGGGCUGCAUUCCCAGCUGUGCUUCUGCUCUGGAGUCUCUUUUUCAGAAUGCUGCCUAUUUGCUUCCGUCGUUUCUUAAAGGAAGGUAUCCUUGCGGUAGUUACUAAGAUAAAUGUGCCCAGGUUGUACGCAUCAUCGUGAGGUCUGAGAAGCCCUCCUCCCACCCCUGAGAAAGAGAAGCUGUGCGUGUUUGUCUCCAGGCCUCAGAAGAAAAUGAUUGUUCCUCCCAGGGGACCUUGGCUUAGAGGAGGUACAGGUGGACUGCCCAGCAGAUCCAGAGGACUUCUCUAUUGCCUCUUAACAGCCGCUGUUGGUUAAACUCUGCAUCCCAUAAGAUUCUGCAGCUGCUCACCGUAGCUCUUCUACUGUCCAGCAGUUUCCCAGCUACAGAUACCUGCUUUGCUUCCCCACAGACCCUUACUAUAGCUCAAAGAUGGGAGAGCCUACAUAGCAGCCCCCUUCCUGUUGGUGCCGAAGGGAGUCAGUAUUGACCUUCACCAUGCAGAAUACUGAAAAAUCACCCCAUCCCUACCAUGAGCCAGAUGCCUGCAUAGUUUAUAAAUUUCCACCAGCUGAUGUGGUGUUUUCCUAAUGAACUGUUUAUCUCUCUUUCCUGUGAUGAGCGGCUAAUUUUGCUGAGAAGACAGGAGUGCCGGGGUACUUUCCCAUGUGUUUAGGAUUGAUACAUAAAUUGGCCCAGAGCGACGAAUCUUUCUGGUUUAGUGUUUGCGCUUGGUCCAGGUUUAUGGAAAUGUUCUCAUAGUGCCAUCUAGUGUUCUUCUAAACAGCCUUUGUUAAAAAAAAAAAAAAAGAAAGAAAUCUUCAGUGAUUACAGUUUAGACAGUCAUGGCUAUUCUACCAGAAUAAUAAAAGCUUUCUAAAAAAAAAAAAAAAAAUUACUGUUAGAAUGUUUUCUGAAAUGUACCACUGAGUUGUUUACAGGUAGUAAUGUAAGCAUCCAUGGUUGAUGUACAGGUGACCCUACUGCUGGAAGAGCAGAGAGAGGGCACCAAGGAUGCAAAUGUUCCAAUUGCUUUACAAACUUUAUUGACUUGGUGUGUAUAUAUUUGUGUGGUACAGUGCAUGUAUGGAAGUUAGAGAAAAACCUGCAGGAGUCAGUCCUUCCUCCACUUGGUGAAGGGACACUAACCCACCGGAGCCUGCCGUUCUCGCGGGCCUUGCCCUUCUCCCCCAUUCCACAUCUGCCUUGCCUAAAGCCGCUAGAUUAUAAUCCAAAAGCUGGCCACCACGGCUCAGCUAUCAAAGUAGUAGAGCCCAGCAAUCAAAAGCCCCCUUUGGCUCACCUAAUUAACAUUCCCAGUUGACAUCAGACACCUUAACCUAACACGGGGUUUCCCCAUUUAUCUUCAUAAGCCUUCAUUUUUCUAUGUACCACGUCCGCCUCCCCUCUAUCCAGAGACGUUCCUCUGCCCCUCUGGAACAGAUAUCCCUGUCCCCGCUCCCUUGUUCUCUUCCCCUUCUCCCUCGUCCUCUAUCUCCUGUCUCUUAUUCCUUGCCUUUUGUCCUUCUGAGGCAAAUUAGUGUCCUUUGUGCUGAGGACUUGGCCUUUAGGGUCCUGAGCCAAUACCGGUCCUUUCACAUGGUGCCAUGACUCAGAUUUGGGUUCCAGGGAUUGAACACGUGUUUUUAGACUUGACAGAAAGCCCCUUUACCUGCUGACCCAGCUCUCUGCCCUCGCUUUUACUUUUAAAAAUGGGUUUCCUGGGGGCUGGAGAGAUGGCUCAGUGGUUAAAAGCACUGACUACUCUUCCAGAGGUCCUGAGUUCAAUUCCUAGCAACCACAUGGUGGCUCACAACCACCUAUAAUGAGAUCUGGUGCCCU